AUGGCGUCCGGAAGUAAAUCGAUUUGGCGUCCGAUUCGUCAAAUCGAGCAAAAGGCGGGCGCCAUACGGGAUGGCCACGGAGUGAAGCAAGCACGAUAUCGUUGUCAGAUAAAACAGACCUGGCUACUCUUGGAAAUGGUCUUCAGCGUUUGGGGUAACCUUUUAUCUUCUGGUCAUUUAAUGCGCCGUUACUUUGAAUUGUUUUCUAUUAUUUCCACCGGUGGCACGGCAUCAAGUUUGGAAGCAUCUGGAGUUAAUGUUACAAAAGUUGAAGAAAUUACACACUUUCCUGAAAUGCUUGAUGGGAGAGUAAAAACAUUGCACCCCAGCAUACAUGGUGGUAUUCUUGCGCGAAGAGAUCAGGAGCAUCAUCUGAAAGCACUGAAAGAACAUGGCAUUGGGACAUUCGAUGUGGUUGUAGUCAAUUUGUACCCAUUCUAUGAUAAGGUCACCUCAGGUGCAAUAUCUUUUGAGGAUGGCAUUGAAAAUAUUGAUAUUGGUGGGCCUACAUUGAUCCGAGCUGCUGCCAAGAAUCACAAGGACGUUCUUGUCGUUGUCGAUCAUAAAGAUUAUCCUGCUCUAUUGGAAUAUCUAGAAGGGAAACAAGAUGACCCUGAUUUCCGCAGGACACUUGCAUGGAAAGCUUUCCAACAUGUUGCUUCUUACGAUUCAGCUGUCUCAGAGUGGUUGUGGAAGCAAUCAAAUAAAGCAGAUACAUUUCCUCCCAGCUUUACUGUGCCCCUCACAGUGAAGUCUACACUUCGUUAUGGUGAAAAUCCUCAUCAAAAGGCUGCCUUUUAUGGUGACAAGAGUCUUUCUCUAGUAAAUGCCGGCGGUAUUGCAACAGCAAUUCAACACCAUGGAAAGGAAAUGUCUUAUAACAAUUAUUUGGAUGCGGAUGCUGCAUGGAACUGUGUCUCAGAGUUUGAGAGCCCGACUUGUGUUGUGGUUAAGCACACAAAUCCGUGUGGCGUAGCGUCUCGACCGGACAUCCUUGAAGCAUACAGGUUGGCUGUGAAGGGAGACCCUGUCAGCGCAUUUGGCGGCAUAGUUGCCUUCAAUACGACGAUCGAUGAGGAUCUUGCGAGGGAAAUCCGUGAGUUCAGGAGCCCCACGGACGGCGAGACAAGGAUGUUCUACGAGAUUAUUGUCGCGCCUGGGUACACAGAGAAGGGCCUGGAGGUCCUGAAAGGGAAAUCCAAGACACUGAGGAUACUAGAGGCGAAGAGGAGCGGGAAAGGCAUGCUGUCGUUACGACAGGUGACUGGCGGCUGGUUGGCUCAAGAGUCUGACGAUCUGACCCCGGAAGACAUCACCUUCACAAAGAUGUCCGAGAGGACUCCCGAGGACAGUGAGCUUUCGGACGCGAAAUUCGCGUGCCUCUGCGUCAAGCACGUUAAGAGCAACGCCAUUGUGAUCGCCAAGAACAAUUGCAUGCUGGGCAUGGGCAGUGGCCAACCGAACCGGCGGGAGAGCCUGAGGAUUGCUUUCAAGAAGGCAGGAAAGGAGGCCAAGGGAGCUGCUUUGGCCAGCGAUGCCUUCUUCCCUUUCGCUUGGAACGAUGCGGUGGAGGAGGCGUGCCAGAGCGGCAUCGGGGUGAUCGCGGAGCCUGGCGGCAGCAUCCGGGAUCAGGAUGCCGUGGACUGCUGCAACAAGUACGGGGUGGCCCUUGUCUUCACAGGCGUCCGGCACUUCAAACACUGA